UUGGAUUGGUGACUGGCUUGGAUCUCUUACCUCGAACUUCACCUGGAGCAGGUUAGGCAGCACGUUACCAUGGUGAUUUACCCCUGGGAGAAGAGAACCGGCUUGGUAGGACGGAAAACCCAGAGUUAAAGCUGAAGUUACCUCGACAGCCGCAAAUCCUGCCUCACAGCACACUGGCCUCACUUGAGCGCACUUGGAGCUGCGAAUCGGAAGCUGACUUCCCGUUGUUUUACCGUUGCUUAGCAACCGCCUGGCCGCAGUCAGAAGAACUGGUCAAGCAUGGCGGGGCGCAAACAGAGUGCAGAUGUGCACCAGAAGAUCAGAGCGGCUUUCGACGCGUUCGACUACGAGGCCAACAGCACCGUGGACGUCCGGUGAGCUCGUGCGGCGGCAGGCUGCACAGGAGAUUGGCACCAUCAUCUAUUCCUUGGGCUGCUUCCCCUCUCAGAAAGACCUGCAUGACUUUAUUGCUAAGGUGGAAGAGGACCACACAGGAUAUAUUCACCUGGACAAGUUCCUCCCAGCCAUGACCAAAGUGCUGCAGGAGCACAAGUUCCCUCCCAUUUCUGAGGACCUUCUGCUUCAGGCCUUUGAGGCUCUGGACAAAGAAAAGAAAGACUACCUGGAUCCUGAGGAGCUGACAAAGUACAUGACACAAGAAGGUGAGCCAUUCACUCAGGAGGAGAUGGAAGAGAUGCUGACGGCACUCGCUGACCAUCGGAACCAGAUCCAUUACAAAGACGUGGUCAGCCAGAUGACCAUCAAGCCUGACAAAUGAACAGUGCCACAGGGCGUGAAUAACUGUUAUUAUAAUAUUAUGAUUGUUUGUUCGUGCUUAUAGUUUAUGUUCAUGACUGUUUAUAAGGUGGGCAAAUAGUUCUCAUACGGUUUGAAUUGAUAAAUGUAUAUAGCUUUGCGUUUUUAUGACUCCUCUUUCAAUUCAGAUCAAAUACUUUUUUGAGACAUGUAUUACACAACCUCUCUCUCUCCUUACUGCCAAGCCUGAUGAGCUGUCGUGUUCUCAAGAAUCACAGAGUAAAUAAAUUGGAAACUACAUGUGCAGUAAAAAUGACCCGGAGUGAUGAAGUUCCCUAUACAUUUAAAUGUAUAUUAGGUCAGAAAUCAGCAGCAGUUGACUUGCAAAGGCUUGUUUUACAUUGAAAAUAUAAAAAUGAUAUCUGGAUAUGAGGAGAAAACCGAGCACACCAGGCUGAUGUGAUGGUGACUGUAGGUCACAUUUAUGACCCCUCACUGAUGUCCACCUCUUAGUACUUCUAAGUUCAUAAUUAACUCCUUCACUUUAACUUAGCUGCAGAGUGAUACUGUGCUAAUCAACCCAGACUCUCAGAAAAUCUACAAACUAAUCUAAGGUAUAAUAGAAAAUAUUCUAUAUACUGUGUUACAUAUACUUCAUACUGUGUGAUUCGUAGUUCUGUAUCGCGUGACCUGAUUGCUUAUGUCUCCCUUCACAUUCCUCCUCUACCUACCCCUGCUUUCACUCCCCAUCCCCUGCUCUUACCUUGACCUCACUCCCAUUCCCUGUUCUCCUCUCUCUCCCAUUCCCUGCUCCCAUUACCCCAUAUAUCUUUCCCAUUGUGACGUAUCUUUUUGCUGCACUACGCUGCUUGUGGGCAGGCCUCCAUCAAUGUGGAAACUCCUCUUCUUCUUAUCACUAUAAAGCUCCGCUGAAAACAGACCUCAGCACCAACACUUUUUCAGACUGCCCUGUGUGCUCUGUGAAACCUGUUUGCCUUCUGCUCGAGACAGAAUAAAAUACUUCAAAGAAUCUUUA